CCACUUUAUUAGUUUUUAUCGUCACACUUGAUUGAAAAGGAAUAGAAAUUGGAAAAAAUUAAUCAAAAUUGCACAAAAUGCAAGGAGAGAACGCUACUCCACAGGAACUAGCUGCUCUGCCGGUGACUACAUUUCAAUCGGAUGAUCUACUCGAAAAGUUGAAAGUACUAAACUACGAAAAGCAGCUGUUGCAGGAAUUUAAAAUGAAGCCACUGUCGCGAUUCUACUUCGUCAAAUCCUUCAACCCAGGCGAACAAUUCUAUAUGUUUACGCUCAUUUGCUGGUGGUUAUGUCGAAAGUUGGGCAAAGAAAUGGAAAGACCACAGGAAUUCGAUGACCCCAAUACAGUGAUUGCUAAAAUUGUGCAAAUGCUGGAUGAAAUGGAUAUACACAUCGAUUCUCCACCCAAUAAAUUAAUACGUGGCGCAGGCCCCACUUGCCUCACAGUUUUAGAUAGUCUCGCAACACAAGCAACCAAAGUAGCGCAGAUCACUUACAAUCGCCCACAUAUAGCACAGGAAGAUGAGGUAGCCACCGAUUACUUGGAGGAUAAUGCCGAAAUUAUUUUGGAAAAACUAGAAGAUGAACAGAAUGCCGCACUAAGCGAUGACAGCGAUAUGGAAGUGAAUAGCGCUGGUGGUUUCAAAAAUCUCGUCUGGGUAAAUCGCACUCGGCGCUCAGACCGAAAUCAUAAUAUCGACUUGCCAGAGAGCGAUGCGGCGGCGGAACGUUUUAUAGAUCAGCAACAAUGGCGACAGGAGCUUGAAUGUGUAUUGCCACAUUUGAAAGUCUAUGUUAAAGCUGAUGCACGCGAUUGGCGCACACAUCUGAGCCAAAUUGAGACACUAAAGGCGAGCAUCGAAGAAAGCUCUGAGGAUACUCAAACGCAAUUGAAGAAGCUACACAGCGAGUUCACUUUCAGUUUGGAGAAGAUCGAAAGUCGUGAAAAGCAUUUGAAUAACGAGCUGCAAUCAUUUGUGCGUCAAUUUAAGGAAAUCUCAAUUGAAUUAUCAAAUGUGCAGCAUGCGCAAACACAGGUUCAAACCGACACAGAAGCGCUGGUAGAGCAAUUGAAUUCUGUGUUACAGGAGAAUGACAUUAAGAAGAGUGAAAUGGAGCGACGAGGCCAAUCAAUGUCAGAUGGCAGCUCCGUGGUGAACAUAAAGAAAGCCAUCAGUAAACUUAAAGAAGAAACCGCCCAGCUCAAUUUGGAAGUAGCUCUCUUAGUACAUGGCAUCGAUCAGGACAUUUUACGUCAGGCAGGCAGGUUCGGUGAAGUUGAUUCCGGAUACGGUUCGGCGACCGGGGAGGCUACAUAA